UGUUAUGGUUUAAAUACUCCACUUUGGUUUUUCCAUCUGGGUGGGAAUCUCCAAGGGUGCUGGGAUGUGAUGUUCAAAGGUCGGCUUCAAGGGGCUGAGCGCUGAAGCAGAGCAGGUCGCGUCAGUGUUUCAUCUUGUUCUCCUUCCAGAAAGCAUGCGGAGCGUCAUCCUUUGCUCAUCUGUCUGCGCGUUCCUGUCCCGGCCCCAUCUGACACGCACCCGCGGAGCAGAAGGAAAUCCAAAAAGGGCGAUGAAUUUUGCAAACAAGUGAAGAAGGUGAACGGGAUGCCAGUGCUGACAUCAUCGUGUUACGGAUGCCAUUUAAAGCAGGUUUCCGUCUGCACCAGCUGGAGGAUGCACGUAACCAGACGGCACACUGCGCACCAGGCGAGAGGGGAAAUUAUGGACAGCUUUGGCGCUAAAUGAAUAACUCCGUGCAAGAUCUGCUUCGGCUCGCUCCCGCAAAUGGGCAGGCUGCUCCAGAAGAAGGUGGGAAUCCUCCAUCCCAGCAGCUUAGCAAAGGUGAUCCUGCUGAUCCGGUGCCCGUGGUCUGUGCAGCACCUGGAAUAACCCGAUGGGAGCAGAACAUCUCCUUGAGUGCGGUGUUGCCUGGAAAUCUGCCUUCCCCUCUCCAGCGCGAGGACUGGCUGGAGCUACUGCCGCUCUUAACACUCGGCUUUUUCAGCCUGUCAGUGGCAAAAUCAGACAUCACUUGGAUAGAGAAAGACCUUGUGGACUCAGCAGACAAGGGCGAAGGCGUUGUGAAAGAAAUCAACAUCACGCACCAUGUGAAGGAGGGCUCCGAGAAAGCGGAUCCCUCACAGUUUGAGCUUCUGAAGGUUCUGGGACAGGGCUCUUUUGGGAAGGUCUUUCUGGUGAGAAAAAUCACUCCGCCAGACAGCAACCACCUCUAUGCCAUGAAAGUGCUCAAGAAGGCAACCUUGAAAGUGCGUGACCGAGUGAGGACAAAGAUAGAAAGGGAUAUCCUGGCUGAUGUGAACCAUCCCUUUGUGGUGAAACUCCACUACGCAUUCCAGACAGAGGGGAAGCUCUAUCUCAUCUUGGAUUUCCUCAGAGGAGGUGACCUUUUCACUCGGCUUUCCAAAGAGGUCAUGUUCACAGAGGAGGACGUGAAGUUCUACCUGGCAGAGCUGGCUCUGGGGCUCGACCACUUGCACAGCCUGGGAAUCAUAUACAGAGACCUCAAACCAGAAAACAUCCUCCUGGAUGAAGAAGGGCACAUCAAACUCACAGAUUUUGGCUUGAGUAAAGAAGCUAUAGACCAUGAGAAGAAAGCCUAUUCCUUCUGCGGGACAGUGGAAUACAUGGCGCCCGAAGUUGUGAAUCGCCAGGGCCACUCCCACAGUGCUGACUGGUGGUCGUACGGGGUGUUAAUGUUUGAAAUGCUCACUGGCUCGCUGCCCUUCCAGGGCAAGGAUCGUAAGGAGACGAUGACCCUCAUCCUCAAAGCAAAGCUGGGCAUGCCUCAGUUCCUCAGCUCUGAAGCACAGAGUCUCCUGCGAGCCCUUUUCAAAAGGAAUCCGGCCAACAGAUUGGGUUCUGGUCCAGAUGGGGCAGAAGAGAUAAAGCGCCAUCCUUUCUACUCGACUAUUGACUGGAAUAAGCUGUAUCGAAGGGAAAUCAAACCACCGUUCAAGCCUGCAGUAGGCCAGCCAGAUGACACCUUUUACUUUGACACAGAGUUUACGUCUCGUACACCCAAAGAUUCCCCAGGCAUCCCCCCGAGCGCCGGGGCCCAUCAGCUCUUCCGUGGCUUCAGUUUCGUGGCGACUGGACUGAUGGAGGAUGGCAAGGUGAAACCUGCCCAGUCCCCUCUGAACUCGGUGGUGCAGCAGCUGCACGGCAAGAACGUCCAGUUCAACGACGGCUACGUGGUGAAGGAGGCGAUCGGCGUUGGCUCCUACUCAGUGUGUAAACGCUGCAUCCAUAAAGCAACCAACAUGGAAUACGCGGUCAAGGUCAUUGACAAGAGCAAGCGAGACCCUUCUGAAGAAAUCGAAAUCCUCCUGCGAUAUGGGCAGCAUCCAAACAUCAUUACCUUGAAAGACGUGUACGAUGAUGGGAAGUACGUGUAUCUGGUGACUGAGCUGAUGCGGGGAGGGGAGCUGCUGGAUAAGAUCCUCAGACAGAAGUUUUUCUCGGAGCGGGAGGCCAGCUCUGUCCUGCACACGAUCUGUAAAACGGUGGAGUAUCUGCACUCGCAAGGGGUGGUUCACAGGGACUUGAAACCCAGCAACAUCCUCUAUGUGGAUGAGUCAGGAAACCCAGAAAGCAUUCGCAUUUGCGACUUCGGCUUUGCCAAGCAGCUGAGGGCUGAGAACGGCCUUCUCAUGACUCCUUGUUACACUGCAAACUUCGUGGCACCUGAGGUACUAAAACGCCAAGGCUACGAUGAGGGCUGUGACAUCUGGAGCCUGGGAGUUCUCCUCUACACGAUGCUCGCAGGCUGCACCCCAUUUGCAAACGGGCCCAGUGACACUCCAGAAGAGAUCCUGACCCGAAUAGGCGGGGGGAAGUUCUCUGUCAGUGGAGGCAACUGGGACACUAUUUCUGAGAUAGCAAAGGAUCUGGUAUCAAAGAUGCUUCACGUAGAUCCUCACCAGCGCCUAACAGCCAAACAGGUCCUGCAGCACUCGUGGAUAACACAGAAGGAUAGCUUACCCCAGAGCCAGCUGAAUCACCAGGACGUUCAGCUUGUGAAGGGGGCCAUGGCUGCCACAUACUCUGCACUGAACAGCUCCAAGCCAAGCCCCCAGCUGAAGCCCAUCGAAUCCUCCAUUCUGGCCCAGAGGCGGGUGAAGAAACUUCCUUCUACCACACUGUGAAUUUGGGGCAGUCUGCGGCAGCACUGUGCAAUGCGAUCACACCAGACCUUGCACGACCUCCUGAGGAUAGGGGCAGGAUGGUGGGCAGUAAAUGCCUGCAAAGGAGCUCCCUUGAGGACUUUUUCUGAAAUCCACAUCAAGGCCAAGUGCCUUUCUGCUUCUGAAAGACUGGCUCCUCUUUGUGUGGACUGAUCUUUACUGAGAGAACUUCACUGUAAAACUUUUUUGAAGUGUAAAUUGUCAAUUUUUAAAGACAUCCAUCUGUGUAUAUGAGAACUAGAAUGUAUAACUGAUGUCAAGUGGCACUAAAAAGCAGCUCUGAUUCACCCUCUCCUGUGUAGGGCCAGAUCUUUGUUGUAGCUACAUCAUAUCUUGGAAUUGAUCUUCUCCAUCACCACUGCAGCUGGAAGACUGCAUGAUGUUUGGGUUUUAGGCUUUGGGUUUUUUCUUCCCUUGAAACUUUGUAAGUCCUUCCCAAAGUCAAACUUGCAGACUCCUAGCCAACAGCACUUGUGUUUGUAAAGAACUUCCCCCUCCUUCACUUCUUUUUUUUUGGUGUGCGUGUGUACGUUCAGAUCGUAAGGUCGAUUUUUCAGACUCCAUUUCUUCCCAUCUCUUCUGCCCUCCCCCAGGCCACGUGGCUGUUCUCCAAACAAAAUAAACCAAGUGUUUUCCAAACACUCUCUCAGAGGAUAAGCUGCCCAGAAUACCUGCUAGAUUUGGCUCCUUCCUUCCUUCCCAUCCUCACGUGAAUUCGCCCUCGCCCCCGGUGCUCGCUGGGGAUGUUGUCACCCGAGCGGGUGUGGAUGGCACAGGAACCUUCUCCGCGGCAGAGCUGAGGUUUGGGGCUGGCUUUGGCCGCUGCUCUUAACCACUUCUGUUUUCCCUUUCAUUUAGCGGGAAUCUGUGAAGCAAACCAUACCUUUUUUUAAUUUAACUUUGUUCUACAGCUGGUAACUCAGGGUUUCUUUCCAAAUUGUACAAUAAACAUGUCAUUCAGUUGAUACUACUUUACUGACUGACUUUUAGCUGCAGACUAAGUGACCCUAGUCAUUGCCUCCUCUGUAAUACGGGCAUAAUGAUUCUUACCUGCUUUUUGAGAGAUGUGCAAAGCGUUUUCCUCUGCAGAGGUGUCUGUCCUCCACAGCUGGCCCUCUGAUGGGAAAAGCAGCAGUGCUGCAGUAGGGCUGCGUGUUUUGCCCCCUUCUCCCAGGUUUAAUACCCUGCUUUGCCGUUGGAAAUCAUUAGAACUAGUUACGGGCUAAGGCAGUAAUCAACAGGAAAGGUGGCAGGAUGCGGAGAAGGGAAACUUCUUACUCUCGAGACAUCGUAGUUUAGUAGAAAGCAACCCUUGCAGGUGAGCUGUGCCAGAAGCAAGUUCCUGAUCCCCUCUAACUCGCAGAGAAUGGCGAGAGCUCUCCUAGUUACUGGUGGGUGUUUCCUGGGAGGACUGGAAGAACUAGGGAGACUGCAAGCGCUCAGAAAAGCGACUGAAGACAGCAGAGGUUCUCAUGCGAAUAUCUGCUCCCUUUGGCUGGUCACACAGAGAGGAGAAACUUUCUUUUUGCCUCUCCCCUUUGCUUGGUCCCAGGAGACUUCAAAAUAGAGAAUUCCAUUAAAAAUUUCUCAGAGAUGGGCAGCUCUCUUCCUCCUCCUCCACCCUCACCCAGGCAGGUCCUGUUUUACUCCCCGGAGCAGCCAGUGAGAAGCUGAAAUAGUCAAGAUGUUUUCCUGUAUUUAUUCUAAGUGUUGCCCUAGGUUUCAGUACCCUCUGAGAGGAGAAGGCCGGUGUCAGUGCAUGCUGCAUCUUCUCACUGGUGUUGCUAUGAACCUGCAGCAGAGCUGGUUUUAAUCCUUUGCUGAUAGUGGCAGAGCACAUCUGGUGCCGUCGUGCCCAGGGAUGAGCUCUGCUGCUCUGCAUGUGCUAGGUUAACUCCGUUGUACUUCAGGAAUUAGCAAAAAAGUACAUUUCUGAAUGGCGUGAGUUGAACGGGCAGUGUUACUCUGCAGCCCAUCACUUUCCUUGUGUCGAUGUUAGAGGGUCUCACCCGGGAUGACAACACUUUUGUGCUGAAAGAGCUGGACCUUGCGUGCUGCAGGCCUGGCAGGGCCUGUGUGAAAUGCCUUCAUCAAAGAUUCUCGCUUUCUCCUCUGGCACAAUUUUUGCAUUGAUGCCAAUGAACCUGCCUUACGUUUACUACAGCGGUGCAGUCACCCUUGUGCCAGUAAAAUUGUGUGCAAGUUUUAGCUACCCUAAAUAAAUAUAACAAUUAUAAACAACUUCUUUUGGGAGCUUGGGGUCAGUCCCCUUGGGUGUUGCUGAAAUUUAAGCAGACACCUCCCAACAAUUUUUAAGAAUAUUUCCUACGUUGCACUUCAAGAGUGGACUCUUAAGAGGUUACGUGGGUUUGACGUGUUGCUGGUGUUCACCACUCACCAUCAGCCUCCAAGCAAUACAGACCGGUCGGGAUCAGUCCUAACACCAAAUGUUUGUCCUGCUGGAAUGGUAGUUGGCAUAUUUGUGUGAAAUUGUGAAUGUUUUCAAGUUUUUAAUCGGGAUAAACAUUAUACCCUUUGCUUAAUCCUCCCUGUAAUGGUGCUGGUGUGAGGCCAAGUGGCGACAACUCAAGGAUAUGUAGGAUAACCAGAUGCAGAGCACUGUCCGCACAAGGAGAACAGCCUGCGGUUGCUGCAGAAGCGGUGCUGGCGGUAAGCAACACCCGGCACGUCAGACCCCUCCGCUGUGACUUUUUGAGUGGAGCCGACUGCCUCACGGUGCUCAAUCCGAGGAGCUUUCUGCGUUCAGUUCAGCUGUAUCUGCUUGGACCUACAUCAUGUUGGAGAACAGAGCGAACAAGAAGGGCUAAACCGUGCUUUCGGUAUUUUUAACCAAGUUGUUGCGAAUGAUCCUUCCAUAAGUACAAAUAAGUUUUGAUUUUUAGUUCCAAAUAAUUAAGUGCUGUUAAUUUUUUUUAAUUCCAGUGCUCAAUAAAAAUGGACUUGCUGAUC